AUGGGUGCUGAUGAGGUUCAAUGCAUAGAGAAGGAGAGGGAAGCCUUACUUCGCUUUAAGGCUGCCCUUGGCAACUCUUCCCUUGUCAGAUGGUUUUCAUGGGGUAGUAAACAGCACAAGACAGAUUGCUGUGCAUGGGAGGGAGUUUUCUGCGACAACCAAACUGGUCAUGUCAUCAAGCUCCAUCUUCCUGGUGAAUUUCCAGAGUUUCGCUUGAAAGGUGAGAUGGAUGCGUCACUACUGGUGGAGUUACAAUACCUGAUGUAUUUGAACCUUAGUUUCAAUUAUUUUGAAGAUAGGCCGAUCCCCGAAUUCCUUGGCUCUCUAAACCACUUGAGAUACCUUGAUCUCCACAAUUGCCGUUUAAGUGGAGGAAAUAUUCCAACUCAACUUGGGCUUCUUUCACACUUGCAAUAUCUUGACCUCUCAGGAAAUUGGGCUCAAGGAGCAAUACCUUAUCAACUCAGAAAUCUCUUGCAAUUGCAGUAUCUUGACCUCUCAUAUAAUCAACUUGAAGGAGAGAUACCUUAUCAACUUGAAAAUCUCUCACAAUUGAGGCAUCUUGAUCUCUCGUCGAAUUCAGGUCUUACAGGAGCAAUACCUCGUCAACUUGGAAAUCUUGUGCAAUUGGAGCAUCUUGAUCUUUCGGCAAAUAAUCAUACAGCAUCAAUACCUUUUCAACUUGGAAAUUUCUCCCAAUUGCAAUAUCUUGAUCUCUCAUACAAUUCUUUUGAUGGAGUGAUACCUUGUCAACUUGGGAACCUUUCGAACUUGCAAUAUCUUCUACUAUCAUCUCCAGGCACUCUCAAAAUCGAUCAAGAAAAUGGUGCUGGAUGUGAGUGGCUCUCUAGUCUCACUUCGUUGACCCAUCUAAAGCUGGAAUACAUGACUGAUCUCAAAUAUUCUCACAAGUGGUUGCAAAUGAUUGCAAAGCUACCCAACUUGAAAGAGCUAAUCAUGCCGCACAAUAAUCUGUCAGAUGAGUAUAUCGUCUCCUUACCCUCCUUAAAAUUCAAUUCCUCUUCUUUUUCUAGAUUGGAUUUGACAGGGAAUAAAUUCGAGUCAUCUAUAGUAUUCCAUUGGAUCUUAAAUAUCAGCACCACCCUUGUUGAUCUUAGUCUUUAUUGGAACCACCUUGAGGGUCCCAUUCCUUAA